AUGGCCAGCGAUGCGACGCGACAGCUGAACCAGCAGGUGCGAUCCAAGUAUGAGAAACUCGACAAGAUCGGCGAGGGUACCUUUGCUGCUGUAUUUCUAGCACGCAAUGUCCAAACCGGCACCAAGGUGGCCAUCAAGAAACUGAAAAUCGCCGCGGCGGGCCCUCGCGAUGGCAUCGACAUCACGGCGAUGCGUGAGUUCAAGUUCCUCAAGGAGCUACGGCACCCGAAUGUGGUGGGACUCUUAGAUGUGUUUUCGUCAGGCGCGUCCGUGCCGUCGAUCAACCUGGUGCUCGAGUACCUCAAUACCGACCUUGAGGCCAUCAUCAAGGACCGAUCGCUCGUGUUCCGCGCGAACGACAUAAAAAGCUGGAUGUUUAUGCUCUGCCGAGGCAUUGAGUACUGUCAUCGACACUGGUGCCUUCACCGCGAUCUCAAGCCGAGCAACCUGCUUGUUUCGCCGACGGGCGAGCUGAAAAUUGCUGACUUUGGCCUGGCGCGCGAGUGUGCCGAUCCAGGGGCACGCAUGACGUCACAGGUCGUCACGCGCUGGUACCGCGCGCCCGAGCUCCUGCUCGGCAGCCGCGCCUACUCCACGGCCGUGGACAUGUGGUCUGUGGGGUGCAUCUUUGCCGAGCUUAUGCUCCGCACGCCGUACCUGCCCGGCGAGACGGAUGCUGCACAGCUUACGACCAUCUUUCGCGCGCUAGGCACGCCCUCGCAAGCUGACUGGCCGGGACACCACACUCUUCCGGACUACAAGCCGUUCGAGUCGUUCCCGAAGCAGAAUCUCGCGCUGCUCUUUACCGCGGCAUCGACCGAGUCGCUCGACUUUCUGGCGCAGUGCCUGCGCUUCGAUCCACUCCGCCGGCUGCGCUCGACAGAGUGCCUACAGCAUGCCUACUUCCGGACGGGCCCCGUGCCGACCCCGCCGCCGCAGCUCCCGCGCCCUGCGUCCUCUGACGCGGCGGAGGAGGCAGCGCCGGCGCCGACGGCGCCGGCGGAAACACCCGCUUCAUCGGCGCAGAAGCGGGCCCUAUCCGACGAGCAGAUUGCGCAGCGCAAGCGUCUGGCCCAUAUGGUGGCCUUUUCCUAG